GUGUAUAGCAAGGCUGAUAUCUGUACACCAAAGCGAACCAUUAUACCAGAAGGUAAAGGAAAGAACGAAAAAUUACUUUAUAAUACUUCACCAAAAUAUAUAUGCAAAAAACCAUUACCAAACCCAUUUUUGGUGAAUCACCAAGGGAAAAAACGUGAUCUUGAAACCGAAGAAGAUGACGAAGAAUUUGAUGCAGAUCUAACGAUUGUUGGUGGAAAAAUCACCGAAUGGAUUGUAAAUGGAAUAAAAAUCGGGGAACGCCUCAAGGAAUACCAGUUGAAGAAGAAUUUGCCAAAGACGAGGCCAGAAUAUUAUGACAUUGUAUUCUUCAAUUCUAAUAAAGAUGGGUUUUUAGAGACAUUGGAUGAAAGUACCGUAGUACAAAUGCUCAGUGAUAUAAAUGAGAAAGAAACCGAAAGUACAGUGGAAAAUGAAAUCAAACUGCUGUUAGAUCGUAUCAUUGAUCGUGAUAUUAGAAAAACAAAGGAAAAACUCAAACAAGUAAAGGAAGAAGAUACCGCUUUAUUUGAAAAUAAAUUCGCGUUGAAUUUCGUGAGACAUAUGGUGAAAUUAAUGGAAGAUGUCAAUUUAUUACUUGACCCAAUGUCGGAAGGUACAUAUAUCAAUAGUGUCCUAGCGCCCGUUCUUGAUGAAUUUUUUAUCAAAAAUAAAAGGCAAUGGCGUGCAUCUUACGGCGAAACUUGUCUCAAAGCGAGCACAAAAGAUAGAAAUUCACAAAAAGAAGAUUCUGAACGCAGGGUGAAAAUUGCUAAAAUGUUAAAAACAAUAACAAACCAUUUUGCGGAACUAAACCCGAGUUCUGAUAUUACAUUGGUUAAACUAUACGGAUUGCAAGCGUAUUUAAAUGAGAUUACUAUAUAUGAAUUUCGACUUAAAUUCGCCGAAAUUUAUACUAUGAAACCAACAUUAAAGUUUUCCCUUCCAAAAACAUGGGCAGACAUGACAAGGGCGAACAAAACUAUAAUGGGCUUUUUGAAGUAUGAGUCAUUAUUAACCGAAAGCACAAAGUCGAUUCAAGAUUUUCUAUGGAGUGAAGGUGGUGAAAUUGAAUCAUUUAAGAAAAUGACUACACGUAUGAUUCAUACCCCUACAAAAGACACCGAAGAAGCAGAAAACACUAAAA